AAGCCGCCGUAUGUUAGCGGAACAUGCACUAUCCCACCUGGGCAACUCAGGCUCUUCUUCACGGACCCGAACCAGAACGCAAAUUUCGUUGAUUUAAAAAAGGACAUUCCUCCCGAACGCGUCGAAGCGCUCAACAGUGCUUGUCAGCCAGCUAUGUUCGGGCGCGAUGGAGAAGACGUCCUCGAUGAGACAUAUCGAAGGGCGGGUGUUCUGCACCCUGGCGAGUUCAGUACUGGCUUCUGCCCGACUACGCUCGGCAUACACCAUAUGGUCCGGGAUUCGCUGCUUGAAGGGAGCAACAGUACACGUCAGGUCCGUAUGCAACUGGACAAGAUGAAUGUGUACGCAGAAGGCGCGUUUUUCAAGGCUCACAAAGACACUCCCCGCGACAGCUCUAUGUUUGGGUCCCUCGUCGUCGUGUUGCCUGUACCUCACGUAGGCGGUGCCUUGGUUUUACGUCAUGGAGGAACAGAACAGAAGAUGGACUUCUCCGAGGCGCUCCAAACCGCCGAAGAGCCUACCAUCGGCUACGUCGCUUUCUUCAGCGACAUUGAGCAUGAGGUUCUCCCCGUUGAAAGCGGUCACCGGAUCACGCUCACCUACAACCUCUACUUUGAUGAUACCGAAGGAGAGAGCGCUGCCAGGCCAGCCUCGACAACCGUGGCUUUUCACGAGGCCGGCCUUAAACGUGCCAUUCAAGCAGUCAUAGACGAUCCGUCGAUUCUCCCUCUCGGAGGCUACCUCGGUUUCGGCCUGCGCCACCAGUACCCAGUCAAAGAAGGUAUGGGCACAGACGAAUUCAACAACAAGCUUAAAGGCGUCGACGCAGCGCUCAAGCGCGCAUGCAGCGACCUCGGCCUCGAAUGGCGGCUCGCCAUCCUAUAU